AUGAUUUCACGAUUCAGCAAGUCGUUUCUCUUCAUUAUUGUUUUCCUUUUUCUGUUGGGCACCGUAGCCCUCUUACAUCCACCCUCCCGUGCAUAUAUCGACCCAUGGACCGGCGACCUUUUCGGCGAAGGAGGCGUCGAGAAGGAUUUGCAUGCAUAUCCCGCAAAGCCUGCUAAGGGUGUCCAGGGUGGCGUGAUUAUGUCCAAGCUUGGUAACGCGACCGCGAAAGCAGAGCUUGGCCGAGCAACAUGGAAGCUGCUGCACACAAUGACGCUACGAUACCCCGAAGAACCAACGCAAGACGAGCGAGAUGCUCUCGACAAUUACUUCCACCUCUUCUCCCGCCUAUACCCAUGCGGCGAGUGCGCCGCCGAAUUCCAACAGCUGCUCAAGAAAUUUCCGCCGCAGACGUCCUCGCGGCGGGCGGCGGCAACUUGGCUGUGCGUCGUGCACAACCAGGUUAACGCACGGCUUCACAAGCCAGAGUUCGACUGCGCGAAUCUCGACGCGACGUACGACUGCGGCUGCGGGGAUGAUCCAGGCGCGUCACCCAGACCCGCUGCUGGCGAGAGCGACCCAAUGGACCUCGAGCAGGAUUCCAGCAAGGACGGCAUCACAGGUGUCGGACUGAUCAAGGGUGGGCGUUAG